AAGAAAAAAUAUCUAGGCGAACUUCACAUUGCUUCUUUAAUGCAUAAUGGAACUGAAACGAUCUAUGGUAUGAACACUGAUCCCAUGGCAGAACCAGAUGUAAACUACGUGCCUAUAUUACCCUUAACCUUCUUUGAGUUUCUUCCGAUUGAGGAAUUUGGAGAGAAAUUACCAUCAACAUUGCUCGCGCACCAGGUGAAAGUCGGACAAAUGUACGAGAUAGUCAUUACUACAUUUGAUGGGUUGUAUCGGUAUAGAACAGAAAAUGUCGUCAAGAUAAACGGUUUCUAUGGUACAACACCAGUAUACCAGUUUAUGCACAGAGCUGGUGAUAUUCUAUCAGCCAACAUGGAAAAAGUGCCCGAAUUUCUCCUCCACGAUGCAAUUUAUGCUGCAGCUGCAACAUGGAAGAAAAGUAUUGUAGAGUUUACCAGCUGUGAAAGUGUGCAUGUUCAGCUUGCUAGAGCGUCCGAUACUAGCUCUAGAUAUGUUGUGUUCAUUGAAUUGAGAGAUGCAAAGAAAUUAGAUGAACAAGAGAUAGAACUAGUUGAUAAGGAACUGUGUGAAAGACAUACUGUAUACGCGGCAAUGCGCAAGAACAACAAACUCCGAUCAGUUCAAAUAAUUCAGAUGAAAACGGGCGCAUUCGACAAAAUAAAGAAAAUGAUGUUAGCUUCAAACCCAAAUGUAUUUAGCAUGCAAUAUAAAUUACCAAGAAUCAUGAGAAGGAGUGACAUUUUGAAGGCUAUGUUAGAUAUGGAAUAUAAUUGACAAUGUUAUUCACUGUAAACUGUGAUAAAAUUGUUUUGUAUACUAGUAGUGACCUCAG